UUGAACAACUAGAAGGAGAACAAUAAUGGCUAGCGUGGGUGAAUACUGCAAUGCCCUUGGGGGAAACAUGCCAAUUCAUAGUAUUUUGAUUGCAAACAAUGGAUUGGCUGCAGUCAAGUUUAUUCGCAGCGUUAGGAGUUGGGCUUAUGAGACGUUCGGAACGGAAAAUGCUAUUUUCUUGGUUGCCAUGGCUACUCCAGAGGACAUGAGAAUCAAUGCAGAACAUAUAAGAAUUGCUAAUCAGUUUGUGGAAGUACCUGGUGGGACCAAUAACAAUAACUAUGCCAAUGUGCAACUUAUUCUAGAGAUUGCUGAGAUAACUCACGUUGAUGCGGUGUGGCCUGGUUGGGGUCAUGCAUCAGAGGAUCUUGAGCUUCCAAAUGCAUUGAAAGAAAAAGGAAUUGUAUUUCUUGGACCUCCUGCUAUAUCUAUGGCAGCUUUGGGAGAUAAAAUUGCUUCAUUGUUGAUUGCUCAAGCAGCAGAAGUGCCAACCCUUCCAUGGAGUGGUUCUCAUGUGAAAUUUCCUCCAGAAAGCGACUUGAUUACUAUUCCUGAUGAAAUUUACCGUGCAUCAUGUGUUUAUACAACAGAAGAAGCAAUUGCAAGUUGUCAAGUUGUAGGUUACCCUGCAAUGAUCAAGGCAUCAUGGGGGGGCGGCGGUAAAGGCAUAAGAAAGGUUCAUAAUGAUGACGAGGUAAGGGCAUUGUUCAAGCAAGUUCAAGGUGAAGUUCCAGGCUCACCUAUAUUUAUAAUGAAAGUUGCUUCCCAGAGCCGACAUCUUGAAGUCCAAUUGAUUUGUGAUCAGUAUGGAAAUGUUGCAGCUUUGCACAGCCGUGAUUGCAGUGUUCAAAGAAGGCAUCAAAAGAUUAUUGAGGAAGGUCCCGUUACUGUAGCACCUCCAGAAACAGUGAAAGAACUUGAACAUGCGGCUAGAAGAUUAGCUAAAUCUGUAAAUUAUGUUGGGGCAGCUACCGUUGAGUAUCUUUAUAGCAUGGAAACUGGCGAGUACUACUUUUUAGAGUUGAACCCACGACUACAGGUUGAGCAUCCUGUUACUGAAUGGAUAGCUGAGAUAAAUCUGCCAGCAGCACAAGUUGCAGUUGGGAUGGGUAUCCCUCUCUGGAAAAUUCCUGAGAUUAGGCGUUUCUAUGGGAUGGAACAUGGUGGGGGAAAUGAUGCUUGGAGGAAAACAUCAGUUUUAGGUACCCCUUUUGAUUUUGACAAAGCACAAUCUACAAAGCCAAAAGGUCAUUGUGUGGCUGUGCGAGUGACUAGCGAGGACUCCGAUGAUGGUUUUAAGCCUACAGGAGGAAAAGUGCAGGAGCUCAGCUUUAAAAGCAAGCCAAAUGUGUGGGCAUACUUCUCUGUUAAGUCCGGAGGAGGAAUUCAUGAAUUCUCAGAUUCUCAAUUUGGACAUGUUUUUGCUUUUGGAGAAUCUAGAGCUUUAGCAAUUUCAAAUAUGGUACUAGGGUUGAAGGAAAUUCAAAUUCGAGGAGAAAUCCGUACCAAUGUUGAUUACACAAUUGAUCUUCUGAAUGCUUCAGACUACAGAGACAACAAAAUUCACACAGGUUGGCUAGACAGUAGAAUUGCAAUGCAUGUUAGAGCAGAGAGGCCUAUGUGGUAUUUGUCUGUUGUUGGAGCGGCACUCUAUAACGCUUCUGCUAGCAGUGCAGCUUUGAUUUCAGACUAUGUUGGCUAUCUUGAAAAGGGGCAAAUUCCUCCUAAGCACAUUUCUCUUGUCCGUUCUCAAGUUUCUUUGAACAUUGAAGGAAGCAAAUACAUGAUUGACAUGAUACGAGGAGGACCUGGAUGUUACAAAUUGAAAUUGAAUCAAUCAGAGAUAGAAGCGGAGAUACAUACUUUAUGUGAUGGAGGUUUACUGAUGCAGUUGGACGGGAACAGUCAUGUAAUAUAUGCAGAGGAAGAAGCAGCUGGAACUCGCCUUCUAAUAGAUGGAAGAACUUGUUUUCUUCAGAAUGAUCACGAUCCAUCAAAGUUAAUUGCAGAGACACCCUGCAAGCUUCUGAGAUAUUUGGUUGUAGAUGACAGUCACAUUGAUGCAGACACACCAUAUGCUGAAAUUGAGGUCAUGAAGAUGUGCAUGCCUCUUCUUUCCCCUGCUUCUGGGAUUAUUCAUUUCAAAAAGGCUGAAGGUCAAGCCAUGCAGGCCGGUGAACUUAUAGCAAAGCUUGAUCUAGGUGACCCUUCUGCAGUAAGAAAGGCUGAACCCUUCAACGGGAGCUUCCCAAUCCUGGGUCCUCCUACUGCAAUUUCAGGUAAGGUUCACCAGAAAUGUGCAGCAAGCUUAAACGCUGCACGAAUGAUUCUUGCUGGCUAUGAGCAAAAUAUUGAUGAAGUUGUGCAAAGUUUGCUCAAUUGCCUUGAAAACCCCGAAUUGCCUUUCCUUCAAUGGCAAAAGAUUUUGGCUGUUAUGGCAACCCGACUUCCUAAAGACCUAAGAAAUGAGUUGGAAGCAAAAUAUAAGGAGUUCGAGAGUAUUUCAAGCUCCCAAAUUAUUGAUUUUCCUGCGAAAUUAUUAAUGGGGAUUCUUGAAGCCCAUCUUUCCUCCUGUCUUGAAAAAGAAAAAGGAGCCUUAGAAAGACUAAUUGAACCUCUGAUGAGUCUUGUAAAAUCUUAUGAGGGUGGAAGAGAGAGCCAUGCUCAUAAAAUUGUUCAGUCUCUAUUUGAAGAGUAUCUUUCAGUUGAAGAACUAUUCGGUGAUAAUAUUCAGGGUGAUGUAAUUGAACGACUCCGUCUUCAAUCCAAGAAAGAUUUGUUCAAGAUUGUAGAUGUUGUGCUCUCUCAUCAGGGUGUCAAGAGAAAAAACAAACUGAUACUGCGACUAAUGGAUAAACUGGUUUACCUUGAUCCUGCUGCCUAUAGUGACCAAUUAAUUCGAUUCUCCAAACUCAACCAUAUAGUUUAUUCUGAGUUGGUUCUUAAGGCAAGUCAAAUGUUAGAGCAAACUAAACUGAGUGAACUUGGAUCCAGCAUUGCUAGAAGUCUUUCUGAACUAGAAUUUUUUACCGAGGAUGGUGAAAAUACUGAUACUCCGAAGAGGAAGAGUUACAUUAAUGAUCGAAUGGAAGACCUUGUGAGCUCUCCUUUGGCUGUUGAAGAUGCUCUUGUUGGUUUAUUUGAUCACAGUGAUCAUGCCCUUAAACGGAGGGCUGUGGAAACUUAUAUCCGUAGGCUCUACCAGCAAUAUCUUGUCAAAGGGAGCUUAAGGAUGCAGUGGCACAAAUCUGGCCUUAUUACUACAUGGGAAUUCAUAGAAGAAAAUUUUGAACAGAAGAAAUUGGGAGUGAUGGUUGUAAUUAAAUCUCUUCAAUUUUUGCCAGCAAUAACCAGUGUUGCAUUUAGGGAAGCAACCAAGAACUUUCACGAUGCAUUUAAAAGUGGUUCUGGCGACUCAAGUAACCAUGGGAAUGUGAUGCAUAUUGGAUUAGUGGGCAUCAACAACCAAACGAGUUUACUUCAAGAUAGUGGUGAUGAGGAUCAGGAUAAAAAAAGAAUCGAUAUGUUGAUCAAAGUACUCAGAGAGCAGGAAGUAGGGACCAUAAUACAUGCUGCAGGUGUUGGAGAUAUUAGUUGUAUCAUACAUAAGGAUGAAGGGUUUGCUCCAAUGAGGUAUUCCUUUCACUGGUCAGCUGAAAAGCUAUAUUAUGAAGAGGAACCUCUGUUGCGCCAUCUGGAACCUCCCCUAUCCAUUUAUCUUGAAUUGGACAAGCUUAAAGGCUAUGAAAAUAUCAGGUAUACACCAUCCCAAGAUCAUCAAUGGCACCUCUACACUGUUGUGGAUACUAAGCCACUACCAAUUCAAAGAAUGUUUCUUCGAACACUUCUCAAACAGCCAAUCCGAAAUGAAGGACACUCUUCUUAUCAAAGACUGGAUGGAGAAACGUCUCGUACCCAAUUGGCUAUGUCCUUUACUUCAAGGAGCAUUCUUAGGUCCCUAAUGGGUGCAAUGGAGGAGUUGGAACUUAACUCACACAAUACCACCAUCAAAUCUGAACAUGCUCAUAUGUACCUCUAUAUCAUCCGCAAGCAACAAGUAGAUGAUCUUGUGCCUAAUUCCAAGAAAAUUAACAUCGAAGUUGGUCAAGAAGAAACAACUGUUGAGGCAAUAUUGGAAGAUCUGGCACGGGAAAUCCAUUCCUCUGUCGGUGUAAGAAUGCACAGAUUAGGUGUUUUUGUGUGGGAAGUCAAGCUUUGGAUUACAGCAUAUGGACAAGCAAAUGGUGCUUGGAGGGUCAUUGUAAACAACGUGACUGGUCAUACUUGCACCGUACAUAUAUAUCGAGAAAUGGAGGAUGCCACCGCUCGUAAAGUGGUUUACAGUUCAGUCAAUGUAAAGGGUCCACUGCAUGGUGCAUCAGUGAACAAAAACUAUCAACCUUUGAGAGCUAUUGACCGAAAACGUCUUGCAGCUAGAAAGAACAGCACCACAUACUGCUAUGAUUUUCCACUUGCAUUUCAAACAUCCUUGGAACAGUCAUGGUCAAUUCAACAAACAAGAAUUCAAAUAUCCAAAGGUAAGGACCUCCUAAAAGUAACAGAGCUCAAAUUUUCAGAGAAAGAAGGUAUCUGCGGUACUCCUCUUGUACCUGUCGAACGUCCUCCUGGACUCAAUGAUGUUGGCAUGGUAGCCUGGUUGAUGGAUAUGUAUACGCCUGAAUUCCCAUCUGGAAGGACAAUAUUGGUUGUUUCGAAUGAUGUGACCUUCAAGGCCGGUUCUUUUGGCCCAGGAGAAGAUGCGUACUUUAGAGCAGUAACUGAUCUUGCCUGUGCGAAGAAAAUACCUUUAAUUUACUUAGCAGCAAGUUCUGGUGCCCGGUUAGGUGUGGCAGAGGAAGUCAAAGCUUGUUUCAGAGUCGGUUGGUUUGAGGAAUCUAAUCCUGAGCAUGGUUUUCGCUAUGUAUAUUUAACACCUGAGGAUUAUGUUCGAAUUAGAUCAUCCGUGAUGGCACAUGAAUUAAAGAUUGAAAGUGGAGAAACCAGAUGGGUUAUAGAUACCAUUCUCGGCAAAGACGUUGGACUAGGAGUUGAAAACUUGAGUGGCAGUGGGGCCAUUGCCGGUGCCUAUUCAAGGGCAUACAAGGAAACCUUUACACUAACAUAUGUGACCGGUACAACUGUUGGAAUUGGUGCUUAUCUUGCAAGGCUGGGGAUGAGAUGCAUACAGAGGUUUGAUCAGCCUAUGAUUCUUACCGGUUUUUCAGCAUUAAACAAACUCCUUGGUAGGGAAGUGUACAGCUCUCACAUGCAACUUGGUGGAUCUAAAAUCAUGGCAACAAAUGGAGUUGUUCAUCUUACAGUUUCGGAUGACCUUGAAGGUGUUUCUUCUAUUUUGAAGUGGCUUAGCUACAUCCCUUCCCAUGUAGGUGGUGCACUUCCCGUUGUAAAUCCCCUCGAUUCCCCAGAGAGGGAAGUGGAAUAUUUACCGGAAAAUUCAUGUGAUCCCCGUGCUGCCAUUUCCGGAAUUCUAGAUGUUAAUGGAAAGUGGCUGGGAGGCAUUUUUGACAAGGACAGCUUUGUGGAGACACUAGAAGGAUGGGCUAGGACAGUUGUUACAGGAAGGGCAAAGCUUGGUGGAAUCCCUGUGGGAAUCGUUGCGGUAGAAACACAGACAGUAAUGCAAAUAAUACCUGCUGAUCCAUGUCAGCUUGAUUCUCAUGAGAGGGUUGUUCCUCAAGCCGGCCAAGUGUGGUUUCCUGAUUCUGCGACCAAAACUGCCCAAGCGAUAUUGGAUUUCAAUAGAGAAGAGCUCCCGCUUUUCAUUCUCGCAAAUUGGAGAGGCUUUUCGGGUGGGCAAAGGGACCUUUUCGAAGGAAUUCUUCAGGCUGGUUCAACUAUUGUGGAGAACCUUAGAACAUACAAGCAACCCAUUUUUGUAUACAUCCCAAUGAUGGGUGAACUCCGAGGUGGGGCAUGGGUUGUUGCUGACAGUCGAAUAAAUUCAGGCCAUAUUGAAACAUAUGCUGAGCGAACGGCUAAAGGUAACGCCCUUGAACCGGAAGGAAUGAUUGAGAUCAAAUUUAGAACAGGAGAAAUGUUGGAGUGUAUGAGAAGACUUGAUCAGCAACUGAUUACUCUGAAGGAAAAACUUUCGGAAGCCAAGAGCAACAAGGACUUUGGUACAUAUGAUUCUCUGCAACAGCAGAUUAGAUUCCGUGAGAAACAGCUUUUGCCUUUGUAUACUCAGAUAGCUAUCAAGUUUGUUGAACUGCAUGAUACUUCCUUAAAAAUGGCUGCAAUAGGCGCAAUGAAAGAAGUUAUUGAUUGGCGUGACUCACGUUCUUUCUUCUAUCGGAGACUGCACAGGAGAAUCGGUGAGCACUCACUGAUCAACAUUGUGAGAGAUGCUGCUGGUGACCAAUUGACACAUGUAUCUGCCAUGAACUUGCUCAAAGAAUGGUAUAUGAAUUCUGAUAUCUCCAAAGGUAGUGAAGAUGCUUGGUUGGACGAUGAAGCCUUCUUCAGAUGGAGGAAUGAUCCCUCAAAUUACGAGGAUAAACUAAAGGAAUUGCGCAUCCAAAGAUUGUUGCUUCAGUUGAAAAAUAUUGGUGACUCGGAUCUAGAUUUACAAGCUCUAUCUCAAGGUCUUGCCACCCUUUUAAGUAAGUUGGAAGCAUCAGGUGCAAAGUUGACCGAUGAACUUCGCAAGGUACUUGUGAUCUGCCCAUGCACUCAUGUUGUAUUGUGUUCACGUCAUUGAUACGUGACCAUAUAGAAAUGUACCUUUUUUACGAUGUUAUCAUCAAAGUAGCAGCGUCCCUCGGAAAAUGGACUUUCACUUGAGGGAUCAAACUGUAAAUGACUUAUGUCUUGGAUAGAUAUUUAAUUUAUGCAGUUUGAGGAUCAUAACAAGCAUCACCAUGUUUGGUCUAUUUAUUUGCUGGUCGAUUGAUUCUUUGCGUGUAUCUGAAUAAACAUGUAAUAAUUUGAACAUUGAUUAUUUUAUAUGAACAAAAAAGUUUUGGGCAGUCACAUAUGCUUCCCAACAAGUUUAUA